CGUCUAACAAGGCCCUCGCCAAGUCCCGUGUUCGCCCGUGACGCUCGUGCAAUUGGGUCGCGAGGGUGGGAGUAUUUUUUCGCGUACGAAGCUGCAUAAGGGUCAAAAGAAAUCCAACCAUCAAAAAAGAAUUGCAAAUCCGACGUAAUCACGGUCAUUUACCUUCGUCGAGCAAAAUCGCAUUGUCUUAACACUACUCAAUUUCAAAAACGCCGUCUCGCCAUAACUUGUUCGCGCGUCCAUAUAAUUAUUCCACGAUGUCUAUGUACCCGCAUCGCGCUCUGCCGCAAAAUGCGGCGCGUCUUAACGAGCUUCUCGACCAGAUCCGAACUGAGUUUGAUAACCAAGUUCGCAUGAAUGAAGGAUACGAACAGCAAAUUCAACAGCAAGUCAACGAAGCCCAGUUGAUUCGCGAAAAGGUUUAUCAAUUAGAGCAGCAGCAUAUCAACAUUAAGUCAAAGUACGAAGAGGAGAUGGUGAUACUUCGUCGCCAGCUUGAGGCCGCGCGUGGGGGUGCCCCUCAGCCUAGUAUACCUGGUCCGCCCCAACAUGGUGGUCCUUCUGCAGGCCCACCGCCCUCGAUUGGUAUGGGUAACAACCUAUUUAGCGGUAUAAUGACCGGCCAGGGAGGUCAAGGUGGUGGUCUUCCCCCGCAGCCUCCCCCUCAAGAGCAAGCUCCCCCGGGGCCUCAACAGCAUCAGAUGCCGCAGCCGCCUCCGGGACUCCAAGGCCCUCCACCACCACCUCCACCCCCGUCUCAGCAGCCUCCUUUUCAGCCAGCUUACCAAGGACCGGCCCCCAAUGGGUUCCCUGGGCCGGCCCCUCAGAGCACGGCUUCCCCCGGACCGGGCAAGCGUGGUAUCGGUAGGCCUCCGGCUGGAGGGCCCGCCACUCCCCAAAUCAAUACUCCGAUGCCCUAUCCCGGGCCUGGGGCCUCACCUCAGGUAGCAAAUCAUCCCACCCCGGACCAUAGAGCUAUGCCGCCUCACCCUGGCCCAAUGGUAAACAACGCUCUAGGCGACUUGGAUGUUGAACGUCUUCCCGCGCAUGUCAAAAAGACGCGAGACGACUGGUUCGUAAUUUUCAACCAGCACGUCCCGCGUAUGCUCGACGUUGACUUAGUCCACACGCUCAACCACGAGAGCGUCGUUUGCUGUGUCCGAUUCAGCCACGAUGGAAAAUACGUCGCGACGGGUUGCAAUAGAUCGGCUCAGAUUUACGAUGUGGCUACUGGAGAGAAGGUGUGCGUGUUGCAGGAUGAGAAUGUGGAUAUCACUGGAGACCUAUAUAUCCGAAGUGUGUGUUUCAGUCCCGACGGCAAAUAUCUAGCCACCGGCGCCGAGGAUAAGCUCAUUCGCGUAUGGGACAUUCAAACCCGGACUAUCCGCAACACGUUUGCCGGCCACGAGCAGGAUAUAUAUUCCCUGGACUUUGCCCGGGAUGGGCGAACGAUUGCCUCUGGUAGUGGCGAUAGGACCGUGCGACUUUGGGACAUCGAACAAGGCACAAAUAUGCUAACCCUCUCUAUUGAAGACGGCGUUACCACUGUUGCCAUCUCUCCCGACACCAAGUACGUGGCCGCUGGCUCGCUCGACAAGAGCGUUCGGGUCUGGGAUAUUCAUCAGGGGUAUCUUCUUGAGCGUCUUGAGGGCCCCGAGGGCCAUAAAGAUAGUGUUUACUCGGUAGCAUUCUCUCCCAACGGGAAAGAUCUCGUGAGUGGCAGCUUAGACAAGACUAUCAAGAUGUGGGAGUUAUCCACUCCCAGAGGUGUGCAGAAUCCUGGCCCCAAGGGCGGUCGAUGUGUGAAGACGUUCGAAGGUCACAGGGACUUCGUGCUCAGCGUUGCCCUUACUCCCGAUGCCAACUGGGUUAUGUCGGGCUCCAAGGAUCGUGGAGUUCAAUUUUGGGAUCCCCGAACUGGAUUUACCCAGCUCAUGUUACAAGGACACAAGAACUCGGUUAUCUCCGUGGCACCCAGCCCAACCGGUGGCUUCUUUGCGACUGGCUCUGGCGACAUGAGAGCACGUAUCUGGUCGUAUCGAUCAAUAUCUUAAGGGCGAGGGUCCUUGCACGAAUGCCUUCACCUUACUUGAAACGAGCUCAACUCACUCCGUGCGAUACUCAGCUUCGGCCAUGUCGGAUGGCAAAACCAUGAAUAUAAACA